GGAUCCCGAUGGUUUUGGAGCAGAAUUUCCGCUUAUUUCUAGGAGUUGAGACUGUGCUGUAUUUCUAAGUGCAGCGCGUGAAUCGAACGUUCCGCGCGGUUUGUUAUUUUGUAACAUUUUAAACUUCGCUGGAUACAUUGUUGCCGCAACGGUUGUUUUCCAGCUCAGUGUAACAAUGUAUCCGAUGGCAGCGGGGGGAUAAAAGAGGGUCGAAUGAAGAUCUUUUGCUCGUGCAUGCCUUGAAUUAGUGGUUGCGGCUCAGUCGAGUCCAUCUAACUGUAAUUUGUGCUGUUGGCCUGUUAGCUUUAGCAGAGUUAGCCGUAGCACAAUAUGAAAGCUCCUUAUAUCCAGCAGCAGGGAGUUGGAGAGAGCGCGUGAACACUAGUCUCAGUGCCAGCUGACAGGCUGAAAGUUUCCUGGGACUUUCUGGCGAACUGGAUCCAUGAUGGAAUUGCAAACAUUACAGGAGGCCCUGAAAGUGGAAAUACAAGUCCAUCAGAAACUUGUCGCCCAAAUGAAGCAGGAUCCACAGAACGCAGAUCUGAAGAAACAACUUCACGAGCUCCAAGCGAAAAUCACGGCUCUGAGUGAGAAACAGAAAAAAGUGGUGGAGCAGUUGAGGAAGGAGUUGCUGGUCAAACAGGAGCCCGACUUGAAGCCACAGACUCUCCCAGCGAUCGCAGACGGUAAAACCGUGCUGCUGACACCCGCCUGUCCCCCUUCACAGCCGCCCACAGGGCCUCCACACAACCAGGGGCCUCCACAGAAGACUCUCACCGUGACGCCGGUCAUAACUGCAAAGACUCUACCUCUCGUGCUGAAAGCUGCCACCUCCACCAUGCCUGCUUCCAUGGCAACACAACGCCCCACAGUCGCCAUGGUCACUGCCAUCAGCAACCCCCUGAGACCCGGCAUCAAUUCUGACUCCCAGAGCACACCAAUCAACCUUCAGGUGGCCAGCAAGCUACCCAAUCAGGACACAGAUGCCGGCACACGGAUUUUGUCCAAGAAUGUUAUCGUUGUGCAGGCCACCACCACCACCUCUGCCCAGCAUAUCAAAGUUCCCCAGUUUGUCCCUCCUCCUAGAUUGACGCCUCGACCCACCUUUCAGCCACAGGUUCGACCAAAACCCCCCAUGCCCAUCAAUGUGCCCAUCGCUCCAGCUCCUCCUCCUCCCAUGGUGGCGGCUCCUCUAAUCCAGCGGCCCCUGAUGCUCACCACCAAGCUGACAUCGUCUUUGCCUGCCUCUGCUGGGCCCAUUCACCAGGUCCACAUCGUGAACGGACAGCAGUGUGCCACGAUUGACAAGACCACGAAGGCAGUUACGAGUUGCACCACACAAGUCACAGGCAUUGUCAUCAGUCCUGCCCAGACACUUCAGAUCAGCAACCUUAACUCAGACUUGAAGACUGUGAAACCACAGGGAGGACCAGAACAGGUGGUCACGAGUACACCACCCUCAUCCUCUCCUCCUCUUCCUCCUCCUCCAGCUAAAGUCAAACGAGAGGAGAGCCCUCAGAAACUUGCCUUUAUGGUGUCUCUUGGGUUGGUCACACAUGACCAUCUUGAAGAGAUUCAGAGUAGAAGACAAGAACGUAAGAGGAGAACAACAGCCAACCCAGUGUACAGUGGAGCAGUGUUUGAACCUGAGAGGAAAAAGAGUGCUGUCACUUACUUGAACACUCCGCUGCAUCAAGGCACCAGGAAGAGAGGUCGCCCUCCCAAAUACAGCACCAACACCACCAGCAGCACAGCGGUGCCGGAGCUGGGCUGCAACCCCCUGCUCUCCCCCACCAGCAGCCUUCCCGACUCCCCAGCCCCUGACCGGCCUGAAACUGGGGGCUUUCCCCUCUCUGUCCACCCUCAUUCUGUCCCCCAGCCCAGCCCCAGCUCCGGGGAUGGAGACAUCCAUGAGGAUUUCUGCACUGUGUGCAGACGCAGUGGACAGUUGCUCAUGUGUGAUACAUGUUCGCGUGUCUACCACCUCGACUGCUUGGACCCACCCCUCAAAAACAUUCCCAAAGGCAUGUGGAUCUGUCCUAAAUGUCAAGACCAGAUUCUGAAGAAGGAAGAGGCCAUUCCAUGGCCAGGAACCCUAGCAAUUGUCCAUUCCUACAUUGCUUACAAAGAAGCAAAAGAAGAAGAGAAGCAGAAGUUAAUGAAAUGGAGUGCCGAACUAAAGCUGGAACGAGAACAACUAGAACAGAGAGUGAAACAGCUUAGCAACUCUAUAACAAAAUGUAUGGAGACCAAGAACAGCAUACUUGCCCGUCAGAAGGAGAUGCAGGCCUCUCUGGACAAGGUAAAACACUUGGUCCACCUCAUCCAGAGCUUUAACUUGACUCAGUCCAUGGAGACGGACAUCAUACAGGAUUCCAAACAGGACUGCAUAGAGUCAGGGAGCAUCAAAGACUCAAAGGAUGCUACACAAGGGUGUGUGCAGGAGAGUCCCACCGAGCCUAGCGUGCAAGUACCAGCUGCCGUAGCAGUUCCCAAAGUGAAGGCAGAGCCAGAGGUGGGCGAAAUGGCAGAGCCAGCAGCCGCAGUCACACCUGAUGCUGCAUCAGGUGAAUCGGGAGUUAGUGCCCUGGAAGUGCCCAAAACCACAAUUGGUGAGGAGAUGAUGGAUGUGGCGAAAACGCCGGAGCCUGCUGAAUUGCCUCAGGCCAGGGACGUAAAAACGAAUGGAGGAACAGACUUUGUUUGUACCGGUUUGAACCCAGAAGAAGUGGAGGGUGCUGUGGAUGCCGCAGAAUCUGUGGGUUCUGAGAACAUCCCUCCCAGUGACACCAGUUGUGUAGAGGAUUCUGGGAAGAUGGAAGUGGAGCUGCAGGAAGAUGGAAGUCAUGGCGUGAACACCAACAACGGCAAAACCUCAGAACCUUCUCAGCAGGCUUUGCCAGCCCCUCUAAGCAGCGUGGACAACCCCAAAUAGUUCUCAGCCUCACACUAAACACAUUUACAUCACCAAAACAUUUAAACAGAUUUUCCUAUUGCACCUUGGACUGGUGCACAAAGUUGCCAAUCUAUACAUAUAUAUAUUAUACAUAUAUAUUAUCUAUAUCCAAAUAAAUGUUGUUUUUUUUAUUUUCUUUCUUUUACUUUUUUUUUUUUUUUCAAUGGUAAAACUGUUUCAACAGUACUUCUACAUCCAAGGCACACUAGUCUUGGUUCUUGUAGACCAAUAGAGCCCAAACUUGUGAGUGAAAAGGGUGACUGGUGAAAGAGUGUCAUGCCAAUUAUAUUAGAUUAUUAAAAAAAGAAAAAUGGUGGUUUAAUAAUAUUAAUAAUAAUUGUUCUAAUAAUAAUGAUGUUGAUAAAGAUGAUGGAUGAUUUAUCAGAUCAGACCAGUGUGUGCCUCCAACAUGGGGUUUGUUUUCCAUAGGUUGUCUUAGUUUUCUUCUCCUCAGGAGGAGAAAGGCAGGGCAGAUGUGUCCAAAGACUGCAAGACUAUGCCCACACCCUGUGCACCUCUAGCCAGGCCUGAGUGCCCGGCCAUACCAAAAGCUUCUCUUUCCAAACAGGACAAAAUAUAAAUAAAUAACCAGUGCAUCAGUAUUCACCAGGGACAAGGCAGAGGUUUAGAAUCCUGUUGUUGGCAUGGGCUAGACUAAAUCAGGAAUGCCUAUAGCAACCCCAAUUUCUUUCCUGCACUCUACAUCUUGUCCACAUUUCCCAGUUAGCUGUAGAAGUGUCCCCUCUCAAAGUCAUCUCAGGCUAAUCAGUGGUCGAGCGCAUGGCAAAGCCUUUCAAGAUCUUUGACUAAGGGCUGGAAGAGGAAGCUACACCAGAAGUCACAUCUUGGUAACUACAACAAAUCAUGCGUGGUAGAUUAGUCUGAAAAGUGGUGUUGGUUCUGUGUGUUGAAUCUUGAGUCUUGUUCUAAAGUCAGUAUAUGUGUGUAUUCUAUGCUGUUUGUGGAUUUUAUUAAGUUUGUUUGUUUUUUUAGAAAAUAUAUUCAGGUCUUCCUAGUCUUCAUUGAAAAAUAAGUGCUUUUCUGUUUCAAGAAACAGUUGUUUGUUAUCAAUGGUGUUUAAAAAAGGCAUGAAUUAUGCAAGCAGCUUUCUCAAUUUCAGAGAUGCACAUUGCAUAAUGAGUGUUUUUAUUUGAAUUCCGAACUGCCAAAUGCUUUAGUUUUUUUUUUUUUUUUUUUUUUUAUUGAAAUUAAUGGUAAUAUCCUCUUACUGUGUUUAGUCUACAAUAUAAUGGACUAGUCCCAUCCCCAUUUUUCCAAAAUGUUUUUUUUUUUUUUUUUUUUGAAGAACAAUAAUGACUAAGUCACAAUUUUCUGUCUUAAAACUUGAGGGUUGGAUGUAUGAGCCAAAUUGAAUAAUAAGGAAAUGACAGAAAACCCUUAAUUAAAGCACAAGCUUUAUUGUAGAUAACUAAAGCAAACGCACUAAGAACCUCUUAAGAGACUUUGAGCAAAAUUUUAAAAAAGCGCUUAAAUCUUAACUGUUGGUUUUUACGCUUGCCAACAUCCUGGAAAAUCGAAAACAACAGCCAGUUGCUUGCGUACAAAGUGGGAAGCACUGUUUAGGACCAUCUUCUGCUGGUUUUUGCUGGCUUUGUGUUGUGUUGCAUAUUAUCUUAUCCUGUCCCAGAUAACAUCUUAAGUCUUAAAAAUAAUGCAUGGAUGGCACCUUUUAUGUUUAUGUCAGGUCAUUCCAAAAAGCAUAUCCCUUUUAGCUUUGUGAAUAUAGCCACUCAGGCUAGGUUUGAACGCAUAUCAAAUUCCACAUAUCUGUUUAGGGCAUCUUUGUAAGUCCUCAUUUUGACUAUAUGUAUACAGUAGUGCGUAUUUAUUUGGGAUUUGAAAAGAACGAUGCAUUGCUCAUUUUGGCUGUUUAAACACGAGAGAACCUACCAUGAUAUGGAUUCUGUAUUUGGGAUGAUGUUUACUAUUUUGUUUGUUUUAAAUGAUCUAUUUAUCUUGAUUAGUCAGGAUUUCUUGGCUUUAAAACUCAAUUUGUGAUUCUUAGUGCAUGGGGUCUUGGUUAUAUCAACAAUGUGCUGCAAUUUCUCACAAUCUACUGUGAAAAUUCACAUACUUAUCCUUAAUACAUUCCCAUAAUGACUGUUACCCUCUGAGCCAAGGCUGGGUAAUAACGGACAAACAUUAAUAUCAUGGCGUCCAUUAUUGUGGCAUAACAUGAAUAUUUAAGGCCUUCCAGAAGUCACCAUUGUCAGAGUAGAGAAUAUUUAAAGAAAACUACUUUUAUUCCUUCCUGUACAGGUGCCCAGAGUGCCUUCAACCUUUUGCAUACUGAAUUUAAUCUCAUAAACUGGUCACAUUUCCCUCUGUAAAACGUCACUGAGUUAACCUUGAUUGGAAGCACAUUUCUUGUAAUUUCAUUUGGUUAAAGUGAAACCGUUGUAGUGAUGUGCUUGUGUUAGUGUAGUCCUGUCUGUCUUUACUUAAUCUACUUAUCUGCUGUAAUUAAAGAGCCCCUCUUAGAGUAGGCUAUAUUUUAAGGAGUUAAGGAGUUGCCUUGAGCUUUUUAAUACUCUGAACAAAAGUAUAUCUAAGUGAUUGCACAAAAUUGGUCUAAAGAAAGGGAAAAAAAAGGAGUUGUUCCUUAUAAUGAGUGUUAAAUUAAUUCAUUGGUUUAUCAGAGCACUCUGUGCUACCAAAAUAUUAAGUGUGUGAAUCUUGUGACAAAAAUGUGUUUUUUGGAUUGACAUUCAUUGGAAAAAAAGGUCUGGAAGUUUAGGAAGUCAUGUUUUUUUUGUCUUUAUGCACUUUUUAUAAGAAUGUCCUAAGUAUUACUCCCGCCACCGCCAAAACACCCCAAAAAAAAACUUAAGUGUCUGCUCGUUUUAAGUUAUUUUGUAGUGUGUGAUUCAGGAGAUUUUUUUUUUCUCUUCUCGUGUUUCACAAAACAGGACUGUUCAGGCCAGUGACUACUACUUAACAUAACAUACAUAACACUCUGCUCUUAAAACGACUUGCACCCUUUCUUAUUAGCGUCAUGCCCUUCAUCUCUCCUUCAGUCACUGAGUUAGAGUAAUGGACUUGUACCUGAAUCAGGUAUUUAAAUUUCAGCCUUGACUAUUAGCAAAGCUGAACGGAUCAAAAAAAAAACCUGCAAUCUGAUUGGAUGGACUCAAACCCCCAGAACACCAACCUGUCCAAUCAGUUCAACAAAAAGCAUGCCUUCUUAUGCAAAUUUUUUAUAAGUUUUGUCAAACUUUUUUUAAAUAUGCAUUUAGUUUUGAGUUUAUUUUGUAAAAUGAUUUUUAUGUGAACUUUGUGUCACUUUCCUUUUUACAUGUCUGGCGAAGAUGAUGCCAAAACACAACAGUAUACAUAUGUACAUCUCUUAAAUACACUUGCAUUUUUUUGUUGUUUAAAUUAUGACCUUUCACAAUGGCACCUGUAGAUAAUAGUUCAUUCAUGUACAGUUACAGAUAGGAAUUAUUUGCUGGCCACAAAUCUGGUCUCUUUGGAACGUGGAAAUGUGGCGUUUCGGCUGUGUAUGUAUCUCAUGGACCGUUACUUUCAUUCAAGUCUGCCUUUGCUAGCACACCAUGCUGAAUGUUAUUGUUAUCUUGGGGCACUGGGUGGGGGGUACCAAUGGUUGUGAGAAGAUAUUUAUGGUCUUAUAUGGCUUAUCUUGCAGACUGCAUGUAAUCCGUUGUGGGUGGGGCCUUGAAGUAAGGGGAGGGAACAUCUGAAAGCCACGCAUUCAAGUUCUUAAGUCAGUAUACCCAAAGAGACUGCAAACAUUUUGCUGUUAGGAAGCUUUUUUAUAUGCAUUCGAGAUACAUAUCAUGUCACGAUUGAUUUUUGCUCUAGCUUACGGCUCGGACAGGUGGGAAAUGCUUUCUAAUUUGCCUGUAUGGCUUUGCAAUUUUGGUUUUAGAACUUCUUAAAGAUGAAAAGUUGCCGUGUACAUUUUAUGCAUAACAUCAAAACAUUUUCACACCCAUUCCAGCUGUUCAUCCUGUCAUCUUGAUCUUAAUUGUGUGUAGAUUAUCUAUAUUCUUUAUGGUGCGUUAUAAUUCCACAGUGACAAUGAAGUCAUUGUAGUUUUAAUGUAGUUUCUGUUCACUUUACAUACUAUUUACUCAGUCAUGAUUGUGGCCUUCUCGUACUGUUGAUGCAUUUCAUUUCUGUAGUCGUGACUUUCCUGGUGUUGUGCACUGUGUGUGAGCGAGUGUGUUUGUUUGAGCAGGUGUGUGUGUGUGUGAGCGUUACCUCAUCUACAGUCAGCUGUCCAAUUGGAAAACAUUUUUGUUUACGCGUGCAAAAAAGAAAAUCAAAAAAAAAAAAAUUCUUCCACUUGAUGAAACACAAAACAGGAUACAUUGUAGCGACAUGAGUUAUUUAAAAAAUUAAAAAUAAAUAAAAAGAAAGAAAAAGUUCACCUGGUGUGCUGAACUAAGUGUAAAUGGUUUAUUACACAGUAUGAAUAUUUGUAAAAUUGUUUGUAUUUUUUCAUAAUGAUUUUAAAAAGGAGUGUGUUUAUUUUUUGACUUUUUUCUGUUACAGAGCUCGCUCUCUCUCUCUCUCUCUGGUCUUUUUUCUCCUUGUUUGUUCGCCUGACAUUGUGAGUGCGUCAGUUGGUUCUUACCUCUCCUGUAUUGAGCCUGUGAUGAGUCCUUUGUAUGCAGUGUUUUGAAAAUACUGUAGGGAACAUUGGAAGAAAUUGAUAUUAGGAGCAUUUGAUCAAUUUGUAUUUAUUUAUUUUAUCAUUUUGUUAAUAAAUUGACAAAAA